AUGGAGAGCACUCCGUACUCCGGACGUUCGCCCGUGCUAGAACCGAAUACCCUGGAUCCUUAUUUGUCAGUGUCGUCAGACCCGGAGGAAAUCGUUUUUCAAGCGAGUGCUAUCCGCUUGACGCCUGUGGGGGGCAGCCCGAAUCAAACCAGCCCUUCUCCGAUCGGGGAAAAUGAUACCCAGGGCGGCUCCACUAUCCAAGCGAACCACUGGGCAGGAAAUGAUCAUCAGAACCAGAGUAGCUGUGCCUCCCCUGUUUCGGGUGGCUUUCUGGACCCAUCAAAUAUUGAGUUGGGUGGGGUCGACUGGCGCGAUGGAAAAUUCAACGUGGAGUCGACUGGCUCGGUUGUCCAACAACAGGCGUGGUCAUCUUCCAUUGCCGAUUCGUUUCCCCGACAGUGGCUCAAUCCAGAGCAAACCAUCCCAAGCCCUUCUUCCGUUCAAUGUCACGCGACAACUCAGAGCUAUGCGCCCAGCCAGGGCUCGUUGGCUAGUGCUGACCAAUGGUAUGGGCCUGCACAACUGACUGUCACGACUGAUCAUAUCCCGGGAAAUGACUUGGUGUCGGCCUCUACCGCCAGAGGGAGAAGUCCGCUCAAGAGCCCAAUUGGGAUCACUGUGUCAAGUGUGUCGCGUGGGGAUUCCCCCGUCCCAGGGCCCUGCCACGGUAGACACCCAAGCCGAUCGUCGAUGCAUCUCUCGCCGGGACAUAUGUCGAGUGAUUCAGACGAUGAUGGUCAUGUCGAUGACGACCACCGUUCGGUCUCGUCUCUUUCUGUCGCGCGAACCAACAACGGUCAGUGGAUCCGGAGCCCCACGACUGGUCAUAUCGGCCUUGAACCGUCCUCCCGAGGGGAUGAAUACGUGCAGAGUCCCAACGAUCUUAAAACACAGCGCGAACGCGAUCAGAAAAACCAGAAUAUUACAAUCUGGCUGAGCGCCAAUGCCGAAGCAGGCGGCGAUCAACCGCCUACUCGCCAAAGGAAGCAUACGAGUAACAGACUGCGAGCAAGGAGUACUGGGGACCGCCCUCUUCAUCUUCAACAACAAGACUACUUCAAUCUGAAGCUUCCAGAUGACAACUAUACCCCUGGACCCGGGGUCUUGGUGCGUGAAAGCGAGGGGAGCGAUGACGAUGCUAGUGUUGAGUCUGAUGGUUCUGCGCCUGGCUCUCCUCCAGCUGAUCUCAAUGAUCCCGGCCGAUAUAACACCGCACUCGAAGGGUUCGCUUCACUUGAAUUGACCGAGCCAACUGAGGGCUUCUGCCUCUAUCCUUGGCAAGAUCAUUCAUGCGACUCAACGCCGAGGAAGGAAGCCAUGCAGCCGGGGAGUUCCACUGCGGCGAUGGUGGAGUUUGAAAAGCGGGCAAAAGACGUCGAAACCGCAUCGCUGGCGGCGACUGUGGAUAACAACAGUCUAUUUCACGUCAGGUCUGCAUUUACGGAGCUGAGUAUUAGUGCCGAGCCAAAGCGCAAAGAAGGCCGCUCUCUCUUUUCAAAGCGUUCAUUCUUACAGGCAAGCUCGUUACUCAAACGUCAAGCAUCGGAUCUCACGACUGCCACUGCCAACGUCGGUACCCAGAAUAGCUCCGGAGUACCACAGCGGAAAGAGAGCCACUCACAUCGUCAUCGGCUAAGUUUGUCAACGAGGCAUCAACGCUCUCCGAGCUUGACUGAUGCUCUGAUGUCUAUGACAGGGCAGAUAUCAGCCAUUGGAGGAAAUAAUGCAGUUCAUGCCGUCUCGCCAAACGCAGAAGUCGACGUAAAAAGUCAUGCAGCGAAAGCUCGCGGUCGCAGUCGAAGUGAGGUUCCACGACCAGUGACUCCUGGACUAAUGUCCCUAAUGACUGGCCAUGGUGGGCCACCUGUUGCCAAUUUCCUUUCCUCGCCAAGGAGCUCAGCCGAGAAUGAACUUGUUCGAGCCGCUGCACAAGACGUGGGACAUCUGGCUGUUAAAGAUGAAGACGACGAUGAGGACCACAUGGAUACGGAUGUCAAUGGAUUCGUGAUGAAAUUCCCACCCGUGUCGCACUUGCCAGUGCCAACUUUCCAAGGGUUCAAACAACAGAUCAUGGAUCUGAACCCACUACUAGAGCCGGUUCUGAUCGAACGGUUCGCUCGUGAACAAGUUUGGCGAUAUGAGAAUUUGGUGAAGCUGCAGCAGACUCAUUUGGACGAGAUUGUCAAUGGUACAUGCCAAUCUGGUAAAUUCUGCGUUGCUCAGGGAGGCGAGGCGGCAUUUAUAGAUCAGAACAAACCCUCCGCUGAAGCUGGGCAGACCCAGUUCCGGGUCACAAAUUCGAGCAAUUGCCACGAGUCGCCAUGUGUGGGAACGGAAAGCUCCCUUGCAUCCGCCCAAUUUCCCCCGGGUGUGCCAAUUCCACCUGUGAACCGCCUGCCUGCAGAGUUUGAGUGCACCAUUUGCAACAGUGUCAAGAAGUUUCAGAAGCCAUCGGAUUGGUCCAAGCAUGUUCAAGAGGAUCUGCAGCCAUUUACGUGCAGCUUCCCUGAUUGCAACGAGCCCAAAUCUUUCAAGCGUAAAGCAGACUGGGUUCGACAUGAGAACGAAAAACAUCGACAUUUGGAGUGGUGGACCUGCGCUAUCUGUGGCCAUACAUGCCACCGGAAAGACAAUUUUGUCCAGCAUUUGGUCCGUGAACAUAAGAUGAUCGACCCUAAGGUGAAGAAGGGCAAAGGAGUCGAGGGGCAAGCCAGUCGGGACCGACUAGCGAAACUGCUCGACGAAUGCAGGCAUGAGACCGAAUUAACGGCCGAGUCCGAGCCCUGUCGAUUCUGCGGGAAUAUCCUUGGCAACUGGAAAAAGCUACAGGCGCACCUGGGGAAACACAUGGAACAGCUGGCAAUGCCUGUUCUAGAACUUGCGAAGCAGAGCACAGCCACUCCUAGCCUCCCUGCAGGGGUGUCUGCAGAAACAUACCCCCCUCUUUCCGCGCCGUUUCACGGACAGGAUGCAGGGGUGAAUCGGGCAACACUUCCCACGCAAUAUGUCAAGGCUGGCCCUGUCAACCCCAUCCCUUACGCCAUGUCACUUCUUGAUUAUUCUUCUAUCUCGGGAACCGUUCUUUCCACAGAGCCCGAACCGAUUGCCGAGUCCUUCUACGGCCAAGUCAAGCUCCCGUCUCAGACCCACCUCCCGCACCAGAACUCUGUGACGUACCCACCGUACAAUCCGACCCACCUGACAGAGACAGAGACGAACGCUUCUUAUUCCAGCUCGUUAUACCCCGCACAGGCGAGCUACCCGCCGUACCAACAUAUGGCCCCUACGUCGCCCUACUCAAAUUCCUAUGUGAACAGUUAUUCCUCGCAAAUUUGA